GGAGACACGGGAAGGCCCUGGCGGCCCUGAAGUGGUCUGGAACGGAACCCGCAACAUCUCUGAGGGAGGCCUGCAUUUUGCUAUGGCGGCCCAGGCAGACCGAAGUACAGAUACAUGUACCGUGCAUCAUACAUGCAUCAACCACCUAAUUUUCUGAGAAUCCAUUCUGCGCUGGGCCCUGGCCUGGGCACUGGGAUACAGAGACAAGGCUUCGUCUGUGCACUUAAGUGAGUCAAGAGGAACCAAGUCAUCAGUGUGGUAAAAAUACAUGAAGUGUUCUGCGGCUGAAGAGGAGGGGCCGAGAAAUGGCCGUUCAGACUCCCUGCUGCUUGCCUCACCUGUUAUCCCUGCCCCAGGUGGUUGUGGCUGACAGACUUGCCUUUAAAUGCUUUCAACAAAUGCUGCCCAGGAGGCCACUUCAGCCCUGAGAAAGUUCCAAGUGAGAGAAAACAAAGGACAGAAAGCCCAGCGGUUUGCAGAUGGCCAGGCCUGAGAAGACUGCGUCAGCCCUUCCUCAGAACGAAGGGGUCCAGGAAGCUGAAGUGUUGCCCCUCCUGUCGCCCAGCGUGAAUGGCAGCUGCUUCGACCAUCCCCUGCACCAGGGGCUCCUCCACCCCACCCGGCGCUGCAGCAGUCCUACCUCGGCUCCAACUCCUAAAUUGUCAAAGAAGCCCAAGGUGGAUGCAGCCAGGGACAUGUUCCCCACUGACUGGAGCCCACCACCUGUAGAGUUCCUGAACCUGAGGGUACCACCGGCCGGCAGGGGGACCCCAGCCCCGAGGUGGGUAGGUGUGGCAGGGCCACAGGCCCUGAGGACAUGGGCCCACCAGCUGCCUGAGGAGUUAGAGCAGGAGCCCCAGGGGAGUCUGGCCUCACUGGAGGAGCCGUUCUGGAACACGGCAGGCCCAAGCCAGAAGGCUGCAGCUCCAGUGGUGGACACCCACAGCUUGUUCACCUUUGGGGCCUCAGAGAGCUAUGUCAAUAGCUUGGAUUACUUACUGCAGGAGAAGCGGGACCAAGCCUUGGAGCGAGAGCAGGUGCUUCUGCAGCACCACCCCCAUCUCAGCUCCCUGGAUCUGGAUGAAGUGCCUCUCAAACCUGAGCACAGGAUGCUGGUGGAGAGGUUCUCCGUGUCACUGCAGGUCAUCCCACCAGUACAUCCCGGGGAGACUGUGUUUCUACCCAGGCGUCAGCCCCUGCACUGCCUCCUGGACCGUUCACAGCUGAAGCCACGUAGCCACCUGGAAGAACUGUUCGUCAGCUGCCCGCUGGCCCAGCAGCUCUCCUUCCUGCGCACAGGCCUCCUGAGCAACCUCUACCUGCACACCCCCGACUGCCCUGUGGCCCUGCUGCAGUGGCUCUUCCAGCUGUUGACAUGGCCUCCAGAAACUUCUUCAGGAGCCUUUAGUCUCCUAUGGGAUCUCAGCAUGGAUGGGCUCUUCCAUCAGUCUGAUGGAGACAAGCGCUGGUGGUGCCCCUCGCUGCAAGAGGUCAUAGAAACAUUUCACAGCCUGGGAGCCCACAGCCCUGCUCUGGGCCGGGAGGGGCCCUGUCAGCCCAGUGAGAGAGUGCUUAAAAACGACAUCAGCCUGAGCUCAAGUCAGCAGCAGGACAGCCCCCCAGAGACUGCCUUGGACAGUAGCCUGAGCUACAUCUAUAAGUUCCUGGCACUGUGUGCCUUAGCCCAUCCAGCGGCCUACACCGACGGGGAGCUCUUGAACCUGAUCAAGCUGCUGUGCCGAGCUGGCCUAGACGUGGGGCUCCGCCUGCUGCCCAAGAGCGAUCUUCAGCAGCUUCUUCUCCUGCUCCUUGAGAACAUCCACGAGUGGCCCGGGAAGCUCCAGCAGCUGUGCCGCACCCUGAGCAAGGUGUCAGAUCACCACCACAACCUGCUGGCCCUCGUGCAGUUCUUCUUGGAUGUGACCCCUCGGAGCAGGCAACUUCGAAGCCAGCUCAGCCUCGUGGUCAUUGCCCAGAUGCUGGACCAGCAAGAGACGCUCCCUCUCUGGCAAGAGAAAGCCCAGCUGUCUUCGCUCAGCCAGCUGCUGAGCCUCAUGAGGCCAUCAUCUCUCAGGCAGUACCUGGGCUCUGAGACCUUGCCACCGUGCCAGGGGCAACAGCCAAAGGCCAGUGCUGAGCUCGACCGCAAGGCCUGCUACCUGUGCCACAGCCUGCUGAUGCUGGCCGGGGUGGUGGUCAGCUGCCAGGACAUUACUCCAGACCAAUGGGGAGAACUGCAGCUGCUCUGUAUGCAGUUGGACCGUCACAUCAGCACCCAUAUCCGGGAGAGCCCGCAGGCCAUGCACCGGACCAGACUCAAGGACCUAGCUGCCCAGACCUACAUCCGUUGGCAGGAGCUGCUGGCCCAUUGCCAGCCCCAGGCCCAGUACUUCAGCCCCUGGAAAGACUAGAGGAGCAGGGCACGGCUGCUGGUCCCCAGCUCUUGGCUCUGGCAGGAAGCAAACGGGCUUCAAGGAACAGGAGGGAGUGACGAACAGAGGCCAGAGGAGGACCGGUGUGAUGAAGCAAGAGCCUGCCUCCCCCCGAGCCCCACCAGGCAACAGAUUCGUCUCCCUGCCUGGCCUGCCCCUCAGCCCUCCUUCCCUCCCAGUCCUCCCAGUCGUCUCCUCUGCCCCCAGGCCUUUGUAUCCACUCUCCGUUUUCCCGGGGCCUCCUGGGCCCUCCCAACCCUCCUUCCUCUCGCACUAAUGCGAGCUUUCUUUGUGCACACUAAAGUCUUAUUUCAGCAUCGGUGGUUUAGAAGAUUUCCUUCAGUGCCUAUCCUGAGGGCUCCUGCCCAGCGUCCCGUUUCCUGACAUCUCUGCUGGUGCUGGGCUGAGUUCCCACCUCGGACAGUCAUGUGACCUGGGCCUCUUAGGCCCCACCCCCUGCCCCAGAAGGCUGUGUGUAAAUCCUGAGGGAGCAGCAGUUAUUCCUGUGGCCUGAGAGCUGUCAGAAACCGGGGAGUACCGCGAGCGAGCAUUUGUUUGGACCCGGUCUGGAACUACGCACCCCCCUCCUACUCACUGCCCUCACCGGGGAGGAUCCACAGAGUGAGCUGGUGGGUCAGGGCUGUAAUUACACUUAAUUCAGUUUAUCACUUGAGUUCUGAAAUCAACUCCCCAGACUUAGAAGUGGGGUGGGGUGCCAAAAGACAGUUCUGGAUACUUUCCCUCAGCCUUGCCCAAGAUCGGUUUGGUGGGCCCUGAUCCUUAAUGAAGUGCUGGGUGUCUUUGACCUGCCCCCCUUGAGAAGCAUGUGGGCCCUGUGCAUCACCGGGGAGAUCCCUGGGCAUCCCCAUUCUCUGUCUACUUCUCCAAUCCCAAGAAUCCAUUUUAGCGUCAGGCUUCUCCUAACCCUGGGUUGGAAGAGGGUUUUACAGGGGCUGUAAGAGGUGGAAGUAGCAGAGAAUGACCCCUACACCCUUGGCCUGGGCCCUCUCCUCAACUCAAGCCGAGCGUCUGCCGACGGAGCUUCACCAUGGCUGGUGCUUACGACUUACCGUGUUUCUGUGCCCCUCUCCUUUGCUCUCAUGCCACAGGGGUAGGGUAAGGCAGGCUAACUAGGAGAGAGACUCCC